AUUUGUGACAAAAAUCACUGGUUUUUCGCCAAAUGUUUUCAUCGAUUUGAUCCGUUCGGUGACAGACAGCGAGUGAGUCGUCGACCACAGCGUUUGGGAAGCGAUGGGCAGUCGAUCUCGCGGUACGAAACCCAAGAGUAUUGUCUGGAAGUACUACGAGUCCGCGGAGGACACCGACGGCAGGGAUGUACUCAAGUGUCGCUUCUGUGGCACCCGUUUCACCGCUUCGGUGGCCAAGAAUGCCACCAAAUUGAGACACCAUCUGAUCCGCAAGUGUCCCGACAUUGCGCAAGACGUGAAGGACUCGCUGGACGUGAUGGACGACCCGGACUAUGACAACACUCGAAACAAAUAUAAACAAGUCAAAGCAGAAGACACGGAUCCGACUGAUGGCAAGAAGAAGGCACUGACGGGACAUAUAGUGACCAAAAUAGUGGUGAAGAGCGCGAAAUCGAGUGCUUAUAAGAGUCGCGCCGAAGAGGACGCGGAUCUGUUGGACGGAACGGAUCUAAUGGACAGACGAGAGCUGAAGACAAGAGUGCGUUCGCUGGAAGAGGAGAACUCACGGCUGACGACACGCCUUCGUCUGUGUCUCAAACAGAACGAAGCGCUCAUUCAAGUGACCAAACAUUUGGAGCAAAGCCUGAAACUGAUGGACAGAUUGGAGACAAUCAAUAAAAUACAUUCCAUUCGCUUCGACGACAACGAGGAAGAAGUGGACGGUUUGACGGAUGAGUUGAACGCCAGCAACGAAUCGGCCAAUCAGUGGAAACAGAAGCUGAAGACCAUUGAAAUGCAAUUCAUUGAUACCGAAGAGCGCGAAGAGAAAGAAGAUAAUUACCAGAAGAAUAUAGACCGUAUGGUAAACCCGAAGUCCCAAAGGCCUCAGUCGUCGAUCUGGAAGUACUACAAACUGGAGGAAAAGGACGAAAGCGAUGGUUUGCGUGUAAUUCACUGCAUAUUCUGCGACAAAACGUUUCGCCACAAGAAUCUGAACGCAUUCAAGAGCCGAACCCAUAUCGUCGAGAACUGCGACAAAUGUCCGCAAGAGAUCAAAGACAAGGAAAACAUUUGGACAGAACCGCAGCCCAAGUCUAAAGUCGACAUCUGGAGUCACUUCCAUCUGAAUACAGACAACGACAAGACGUGCACCGAAUGUCUGUAUUGCGGACAUAAGUAUCACUACAAGAACGCCACCAAAUGUCGGCAGCAUUUGGUCUUCAAAUGCGAACAAAUCCCGUUUGAAGUGAAAGAAACGAUUCGUAAUCAAUGCGACCAAAGUUUCCUCAAUAAUACCAAAUCCACGGAACCGAUCAAAACAAGACUCUCCAACAUAUGGAACCAUUACGACAACUGCAACGACAGCGAAGGGAAAGAGACGUAUAAGUGUCAGUAUUGCGGCCAAUUGUAUGCCACCAGAAAUGCCACCAAAUUUAGGCAACAUUUAGUCGACCGAUGCGAACGAAUACCGGAAAACAUACGCCAAGAGUUGACUUUAGAGACAAUGGAGUCGUCGCGGACGUGGACUCAGGCAAAAGUGCCCGUUUGGUCACAUUAUAAGCUGUGGCAGGAAUUUGGCAAACAGAUGUGUCGUUGCGUAUACUGUGGCACAACUUAUGGCUAUAAAAACGCUACUAAAUGUCGAAUACAUUUGAUGUUAAAAUGCGAUAAAAUUCCGGUUGAGAUGAAGUUAAAGAUACGCAAAGAAUCGCACGACUUGUAUAUGAGUGCUCUGAACGCCAAAAAUGAACUCAAAUUUCAUAAAAGGGAAAAGACACGUAAACUGAUCAUAAAGUCGGCGCGAAUUCCCCGAAAGCCAAAGUCACGGAUUUGGGAUCACUUUAAGGACGAUAAGGACAUUAAGGGUGAUAUCUGCUGUUGGCCCGGAUGUGAGAUGAAGUUUCCCAAACGCUCGCGACUUCUCAAUCACCAGAAGGUCCACACCGGAGACAUAGUGCGGGUGCCCUGCGAUUGGCCCGGAUGUGAAAAGCCCUACCACUGCGAUUGGCCCGGAUGUGAGUUCAAGACCGCCAAACCCUCCAGUCUUUGCGUCCAUAAGCCCUACCACUGCGAUUGGCCCGGAUGUGAGUUCAAGACCGCCAAACCCUCCAGUCUUUGCGUCCAUAAGAUGAGACACAAGAAUGUGUUGCGCUAUAAGUGUGAUUGGCCUGAAUGUGAGCGCACUUUCCUGACGUCAUCGCAACGGACUGUCCAUAAGAUGGUUCACAUGGGUAUCAAACCGCACGCGUGUCAGUACUGCGACAAACGGUACCCGCAGUUGAAUAAGUUAAAGACACACCAAAACAAACAUCAUUUCAAUCAAUUGCCAAACACUUCGUACGACUGACAACCGAUUCAAUGGUCACUCGACUCUCACUAAACAAUCAUUUGUCAUAUUAUUUUGCGGACCACUCGUCCGCCACUUCCAGACAACCAGUCUUUUUAAAUAUGUUUCUGUAUUUAUAUAUUCACUGC